CGGGUCAGGAAGACGGCAAAGUUUCUAAUUUUUUGCUGUUGCACUAUGCCGUGACUCUCUCCUCAUACUUGAAUUACCAUGGGAAAGCAUAUACUUUCUUUGCACGUGGUCUUGGCUUUACUAUCUUGCUAUUUACAAAUCAGUGCGUUUAACUUGGACAUUGCCAAGCCCAUUGUGUAUUCUGGACCACCUGACAGCUACUUUGGAUUUUCAGUGGAUUUCUUCAGACCGGAUAACCAGUUUAACCUCCUCGUAGGAGCGCCGAAAUGCAACACAACGACGCCAGCUGCUGUGGUGGAGCGCGGAGCGGUUUACAGCUGCCCAUGGCAAACUGCAAAGGAUUGCGAACAGAUUGAAUUCGACAACACAGGUGACAGAAGCACCUCUCUGGGAAUGGAGUUCAAGUCUCACCAGUGGUUCGGUGCCACAGUGCGUUCUGAUGGCGAGCACAUACUGGCCUGUGCCCCUCUGUACCAGUGGUCUACCCCAAAGUUCAACGACCGUGAGCCAGUGGGAACCUGCUACAUCAAGAAAGGAGGCCAGAUAGUGGAAUACUCCCCUUGCCGCAGCAAUUCUAAUCAUCCAUAUGGUCAAGGAUUUUGCCAGGCUGGCUUCAGUGCAGACCUUGUGAAAAACCAGAAAAGCAGAGUUGUGGUGGGAGGACCAGGGAGCUUCUAUUGGCAAGGGCAGCUGAUUUCUGAUGAUAUAUCAGAAGUCCUAAGUCGAGUAAAUAACCUCUUCAUCACACCAUAUGGGAACACGCUAAAAUCACUCGCCGCCAGUCCGCGCUUUGAUGACAGCUACCUUGGAUAUUCUCUUGCGGUCGGUGACUUUGACAAAGAUGGAGAGGAUGACUAUCUCACCGGGGUGCCCAGAGGAGAUAAAGUGGUUGGCUAUGUUACCAUAUUUAAUGGCAAAAAUAUGGAGUCCAUGGCAAACUUUACUGGAACACAGAUGGCAGCCUACUUUGGCCACUCGGUUGCAGUAGCUGAUUUAAAUAGUGAUGGCCAUUUGGACUUCUUGGCGGGCGCUCCUCUUUUCAUGAGCCGGACGGCUGAUAGCAAACUGAAGGAGGUGGGCCAGGUGUCGGUAUACAUGGGCCUGGCCGGGUUUGGCUUCAAGGAUCCAGUCCACCUGACUGGCAAAGAGGUGUAUGGCCGCUUUGGUUGUGCCAUCGCCCCACUAGGAGAUUUAGACCUGGAUGGAUACCAUGACGUUGCCAUCUCAGCUCCAUACGGUGGCCCCGAUGGGAAGGGCAGGGUGUACAUCUACAACGGGCGAGCCACAGGCAUCAGCCCCACACCCUCCCAGGAGCUGCAGGGCCAGUGGGCCUCCACGUCCACCCUCUCACCAAGUUUCGGAUAUUCCCUGCAAGGAGCAACGGACAUCGACAAAAACAGCUACCCAGAUUUAAUAGUAGGAGCCUUUGGAGCUGAUAAAGCAGUUUUGUACAGAGCUCGGCCCGUCAUCUCCACAAAUGUAACUCUCGACAUCGCGCCUCAAGUCAUCAACUUAGAGGAGAAGACGUGUCAGCUUCCUGGUACAACCACAGCAGUUACAUGUUUCAAGGUGAAAUACUGUCUGCAGGCCAAAGGUGUGGGAGUGCCAAACACAUUAAAGGUGGAGGUGGACGUGCAGCUGGACCGCUCCAAGAGAGGGACCAAGAGGGCUCGGUUCCUGCAGAACUCGGCUUCCCAGCUCACUACCAACAUCACACUCCCCAGCACCAACAAGCCCGUCUGCACGGAACAGGACGCAUAUGUCAUUGAUGAGUCAGGUAACUGGGAUAAGACCAGCCCCAUCCUGGUGUUUGUGGGUUACAAGGUGGAUUACGAGAGUGCGGCAGACUCAACAGGACUUUUGCCCAUCCUUAACCAGCGCAGUCUAACCAACAUUUCCAAACAGGCUAAUAUUUUACUAGACUGUGGAGAUGAUAACAUUUGCAGACCAGACCUGCAGCUCACGGUGAAAAGCAACCAGGAAGAGCUGUUUAUAGGCUCCAACAGUGCUCUGAGGCUGGACAUAGUAGCCCAGAACCAGGGAGAAGGAGCCUAUUUAGCACAGCUGCACGUUUACCUGCCCCCACAGGCCGACUUUGAUCAACAGAUCGAGGCUGAUGGCCAGUCACGACUGUCUUGUACUUAUCAACAAGUGAACCAGACAAGGGUAGUGUGUGACCUGGGUAACCCUAUGAAAGCAGGAACCUCUCUGUCAACCAGCCUUCAGUUUAGUGUCAAUAAGCUGUCUGAUGAAGACACUGAAGUGAAGUUUGACCUUCAGAUCCACAGUUCCAAUGAGUUCAACAGCAGCAGUGCCUUGAUUUCCAGUAUCACCAAACUGGCUGUGUCGGCUGUGAUGGAAUUGACCAGUGUAUCAGCGCCAACUCAGAUCAUUCUCCCCAUUCCAAAUUGGAAGCCUAAACACCCACCAGAGACAGAGGAUGACAUUGGCCCUUCUGUUCAGCACACAUACAUGCUGCACAACACUGGCCCCAGUGUGAUCAGUAAGGCCGAUAUGGAUAUCCUCUGGCCACAAAGCUUCAGCAAUGGGACCUUGCUCUACGUCAUGUCAUAUGAAGUGGAGGGUCCCAUACAGUGUCACACAGACGGCACAAUUAACCCUCUCAACCUCACAGCCCCGGUGACUAAUGAAACAGAGUUGGAUAAUGGAGACAGGGGAGAGGCGAGAAAGAGGACGCGUCGUGACCUCGCAGACAAAGCGGAAGAAAAGAAAGUGGACCGGAUCAUUUUGGAUUGUACCACAGUAAUUUGUUUACAAAUCAAAUGUGAGGUUGGUCGCCUGGAGGGCGGGAAGAGAGCCCACGUCACCAUCAAAUCACGACUUGACUUGGCCACUUUUCAAGAGGGAGAAAAUCAAAAUCGUUCGUAUACCAUCAGUUCAUCCUCCUCCUUCAACGUGACAGAGAUGCCAUACGCCAAACAGCUGGUGACUGACCUGCCAUUUGGAUCGACCACUACAACCACUGAGGUGGAUUCGGUGGUGGCGGGGCAGCAGUUGCCUGUUCCUGGCUGGAUCAUUGCGCUGGCUGUGCUUGCAGGACUUCUGUUGCUGGCUCUGCUUAUCUUCCUUAUGUACAAGUGUGGCUUCUUCAAGCGGAGUCGCCCCCCACAAGACGACAAUGAGAAGGAGCAGCUACAGCCGGAGAACGGAGAGGGCGUCGUGGAGGGAUGAGUGCACACAGCACGUUAACAACCCCAGCAGCAGUGUGUUUGUGUGUUUUUGGUUUCCGAGUAACAUCUUGCGUCGCCAAGCAAUAGCUUUUUAACGACCAAAGGGGUGACCAAAGAACACAACUCAUACUUCUGUGACUCUGUGAUUCCAAAGUGUAUACUACUGGGCCUGUGGGCCAUAAGUGUGAAUGUCCUGGAAUGUAUGUAAAUUUGGAGGUGAAAUAUGUAAAUAGGAGAAACAUUUGAUUUCAGAAAGAUUGCCAGGGAGAGGAUAGGAGAUACAAGUGGAAUUUAAACUGGAUACUAAAAAAAUACCUUGACACCAUUCAUGAGUACCUAGGCUAUUUAAGAGUUAGUGUUCAUGCAGGUAUCCAUGCAGAUUAUCAACACGGAACUGGUCCUCUUGUGUAUUUUUUUCUUCAAAAUGUCAUUACUGUUGCACAAUACUGUAAUGAAAGAGCAGAUAGCUUUAGAACUUCUUUUUGUCCUUUUGUAGAAACUUCCAUUCCGUUAUCAUGAAAGCAUAGAGCACAUAUUCUACAGUGGGACUCGUGUGAACCUGUUUUUCAUACAUAGAGACUUCCAUUGAAAGCACACAUACAGCUUAUGGCAUACCCAUUGUUUAUAAAACACUUUCUAGAAGUUAUUGCUCUUUCCAUUGUUAUAUCAUGUCGCCAUGCUCAUGUUCCUGCAGUUAAUCUCUGUGCCUUUCUCAUGUUGGACUGUCUUUCUAAGGUAGGCCUAGGUUGAAUGCACCCAGUCAGUUUGCAGACUUACACAUCUCAAUUCAAGUGCAUGAUAGGCCUACAGAUCACUGAAACUGAAACACAUCCAUUGCAAUAAUAAGAUUAACUUGUUUGAAUGUGCUGUUUUAUUCUUUAUUUUCCAUGAGUCUUUGUUUGGGAUAUAUUUUAGUUGAUAUUUUGCAUAUUUUAAAUGAUAUGGGAGAUAUUUUUUCAAUAAAGUAAAAUGUGAAUAACUUGGA